AUGUUUGGACUGGCAAGAACGACACAGAAGUCCGGCAUCAAUUUGCAGUUUGUGCGAACGAAGCGGAUCCGCUCCGGGCUGGACCCCGUCGCACAGAGAGUUGCAACGCAGCUGUCGGUGACGUCGGCGACGAGAAAAAUGCCAAAGAUGCUCAAGUUAUGUCACGAGGACUAUGUGAAGCACGUUACAGUUAUGAGAGCAUGGAACGUGUUGCAGAGAGAAAAGAAACAGGCCGCCCAGAACCAGCUCAAGCAGCAGUACGAGGCCAUCAAGGAGGCCAACGAGGACCUCAAACACCUGAGUCCAAAGCUUUUUGAGGCCGCUAACGAAUCUGAGAUCGGAAAACGGUUCCCGCUGGAAAUGCGCGUUCCAACGGACCAUCCAAGUCGGACUGGAUGGUUCUACGACUACACCCCACGCCAAUUACACAUAACCCAUGCUCGAAACGCUUCCAUCACGGUAGUCUUCCAAGAAAGUGACGAUCCAGCCUCCCAUGGACACCUCUGCUCCCUGGUAGAACAGCACAUACAGGGCCAGGAGCCAGGUUCUCCAGUUUUUCAAAGACAGACUCAGCAAACUGGCCUCCUUCGUUUCGGUAGCAUGUUCCUGCUGUCUCAGGGUUUCGGUGAAACCCAAGGUUUCUUCCAGCAUGGUAAACUUUCCAUCGUCGUCAACCGGAUCAGCGGACGCGGAAGAUUCUUGUUUUGGCUCCCAGUUGUCCCAAGGCUUGAGGUCGUCGUCUGCUCCUCCAAAGGAGAACCACAGGUUCCAGAAGUUGAACAUGGACAUUCCCAGGAGGAUGAGGUAAUAGAAGUGCCAUUUGACGCCUCUAUCGAUCAUUCCCGUGGCAAUCAAUGGGCCAAUACAGGCUCCCAGACCGUAACCACCGUGCCCGGACUGACACAGGCGUACAUUGCCACGAGAGCGAGACAGCCACCAGCGGUCAUUUUCCGUUUGCCCAGCAGGGGCUCCAUGUUUGGACAGAUCAGCGCAAUGAGAAUGAACCCGACCGCAUUUGCCAGCCAGAUCAACGAGACCACUGCGCCGGCUGAAGUGGCCCAAAGAACCACGGAAAUGAGUCUCCACCGGUUCUUUGGUGGGUUGACCAGGGUCAUGCCGCCCUCGACUCUAUGUUUGGCGCCCGAACCGGAGUUCGACUCGCCCGUGAAGCUGGAGGAAGGCUGCUGUGCAGGAGGAAUCGGCAUGGUUUUGGUGGAGGGCAGCAGCUCCUUUGUAGAGGCCAGAUCGAAGUACGAGGUGUUCUGGUGCUGGUCAAAGUAUGCAUUGUUGCCCAGCUCGUAG